CUGCGGAUGCCGAGGGCGGGGAGGUGCUGUUCCCUCACGGGGAGGGCUACGCGGCGGCCCUCAACGGCAGCAAGGAGACGGGUGGAGGUCGUUCAUGGGCCCGCCCGGGAAAGCCCUAGAGAACUUCCUGUUCCAGGCCACCAAGAAGUGGGACCACGAGUGCCAGGUGUGCAUGAAGCCGAUGCAGCGGGGCGCGCAGGACCACGUCCAGAGCAAGAACCACUGGACGCUGCUAUGGAAGGACCUGGAGGGCAUGAGCCCAACGAUGCCCACGCCCCCGAGGGAAGUUGCCGAGGACAUGCUGACGCAACGGCCCUGGGUGCAGUCCUUCCACGUGCCAGGGGGCGUGUACCAGUUCAACCACCUCACUGGCGGGCAGCGGCUGCUCCGGAGCCGCCGGCGCGGCCUCCGCGGCCCCAGCGGCGCCUCCCUCGCCGAGCGUCCCCGCCGCGGCUUCGGCGGCUCCGGCAUGGGCGCCCGCCGGGCCGCCGGCGGUUCGCCGAUCUGCGCCCCGUGCGAGAGCCUGGCGGUGGCAGCCCCGGCAGCGCCCCCACCCAGGACCUCGGGCGCCGCAGCCUUUCGGGACGCGCGCAUCGUGGACCCCCGCACGCCGGUGCGCAACCAGCCUUGUCCUACAAAGACGGCCGGUGGAGCCAAGGCCAACUGGAGCGUUUUCAUGGCCGGGCCCGCGGAAGCAGCUGGAGCGGAGAUGCUCUCUGGAGCUGCUGCCAACACAGCGGUGCCAUGCAGCGUUGCGACGGCCAACGUCCACGGCGUUAUAAAGGGCACACAUCCAUGUCCCAGAGGCACUACAAGGGUCGGCGACUAUGCCAAAACAUGUCCGCCGGCACACCAGACGUAGAGGAGGCCAUCCGGUGGGACCGGCCGUGGGUGCAGAGGUUCGAGCUCGGCGGCGGGAACGCCUACCUCUUCAACCACAUCACCGGGAGCCACGGGCGGGAGCCCAAGGACGAGGGCGGCUGCCAGAGCUUUAAUCAAACGCUGGAGCCGCUGCACGCGUCGCGCGUCCCCGCCGGUGCU